AUGUUGGCUGGAGUGAGGGCGGCCCGAGCCUACUCCGAGGAGGUGAGGGAGGGGGGAGGCGGACACUCACUCACACUCACACUGGGGAGGCAGACACUCACUCACACUCACACUGGGGAGGCAGACUCACACUCACACUGGGGAGGCAGACACUCACACUGGGAGGCAGACUCACACUCACACUGGGGAGGCAGACACUCACUCACACUGGGGAGGCAGACACUCACACUGGGAGGCAGACUCACACUCACACUGGGGAGGCAGACACUCACUCUCACUGGGGAGGCAGACACUCACACUGGGAGGCAGACUCACACUCACACUGGGGAGGCAGACACUCACUCACACUCUGGGGAGGCAGACACUCACACUGGGAGGCAGACUCACACUCACACUGGGGAGGCAGACACUCACUCUCACUCACUCUGGGGAGUGGAUACUCUGAGACCUCAUUCUAUGUUAUGACAACCAGCUCCCAGCAUGUCAGUGACAGCAGGUGUAAACAAUGCUCCCCAUCAUGCUCAGCCAACCUGACAGCUGGCUGGGAGUCAUGAGGAAUGUAGGCAGGUUAGAUAUGGCAGCCCUAUGGUGUUCACUAUACUGAGUUAUUAACUGAGCUGGGAAUUACUGGCAGUAGUAUUAUUAUUAUCAUGGAGGAGCUUCCUGUGCCUCCAUUCUGAUUGUAGUCUAGUGACUAAUAGUGUGUCAGUGUGAAUGGAAGUCAGAUUUGCCAUUUAGAAUUGCUGCUAGCUGUGUGGCUCUAGCAUGUGAGCUCAUUGAGCAGGGCCCUCAAACCCCUCUGUCCCUGGGCACCCAGCUCGUCUGGUUACAAAUACAUGUCUGUAAGUCCACCCAUUGUACAGCGCUGCGGAAUUUGUUGGCGCUAUAUAAAUAAUAAUUACACAUUAUGGCUUACUGGCAUAGAUAUAUGUCAGGGUCAUCCUGCCUUGGUUUGCAAUAAUGCUCAGCAUGCCAAAUAGUGCAAAAUAAAUUAAAGGGAUAUUAUAGGCAUCAAAAUAACUUUAGCUUAAUGAAACGGCUAUCGUGUAUUGAUUAUGCUUUUGCAGUAUCAAUGCUCAAUUCUCUUUUAGGAGUUAAAUCACAUUUUAGAAGUUAAAGGGAAGCUACAGUGCCAGGAAUAUAAAGUUGUAUUCCACUUACUCGCACCCCCUCCCAUUUUGUCACUUACCUGUUUCCACCGCCAAUGUCCCUCGGCGCUGGGUCAGGCUCCUCCUACCCCCUGUGAUCACAUUCGGACUACCUUGUAGGAAAGUAUUGAAUCAAUGUUUUUUUAUGAGGUUUAGUGGACACUAGGUGUCCUCAUGCAGAGCAUGAGGAUGUCCAGCCUCAGUUAGGCGACCAAAAGUUGCCUAACGAACCGGAAGCGCCUCUAGUCGCUGUCUUGUUUCUGUUCAUGUAGCCCUAGUCGUACGACCCCAACUAUGACUGAGACACACUUCAUGAAAAAAUUGAUUUGUUUUCAAUCAGACUUUAACUUUGUUUACCCUUAAUUUUGUAAAUUAAACUGUAAUCACACACAGGAGGCUCCUGUAAGGUCUAAAAGUUGGUUAACAGAGCAGGAGAAAAGCAAUUCUAAAUUAAACAGACUGUGUAAUAAAGGAAGUAUAAACGUUACAUCUCACUUUACAGGAAGUGUUUAGGAAUGCUGUGUAAGUCAAAUGCAAGGAGAUGUGGCUAGGGCUGCAUUAACAAAGUGAUUUAACUCCUAAUUGGCAGAGAAAUGAGAAGCAGGACUGCAGGGGCAUGAUCUACACACCAAAACUGCUUUAUUAAGAUGAUUUUGUUUUAGGGACUAUAGUGUCCCUUUAAAUGUCAAACGUUAGGUAUGAUUUCAGUAAAAGGCUGAAUAAAUUGCUAUAGCAAGAAACUCCAUUGUUAAUCACAGAGUUUUGUAUUAAUCAGGAAAUAGACCAACUGUAUUAAAUUUGCAUCCAACAUUUUACUUUGCUUUACAAUUUUACAGUGGUGAUAGACAACAGCAAGUAACAGACAAAAUAAUACUGAUACAUGAUUUAGGUAACAGUUCAAGCUCCAUGACCACUAGAGUGCACACGGAGCACAAGGUGCUCCUGGCAUUAUAACCAUUAUAAAAAGCUGUAGUGGUUAUAGUGGAUGUAGUGUUCCUUUAAACCAAAAAUUGUGGAUAGUUGACAAAUGGAUUGCUGAUGUUAGCCCAGCUGUCAAAUAAAGAAAGAGUUAGACAAUUCUUCUAGUUUGGUUAAUUUGGCAUAAGUUUUCUUGUUAAUUCUCCCCAAUUUGGGAAUAUUCUCUAAACAUAAAUGUUGAUAAACUGGCUUGAAGAAAUGUAGCAGUUUGUCAAUUCUUCACCUUUUGUGAAUAAUCCAGUCUGUUUUGGAUUUAUAUGAAUUUGCAUGGUCAUGUUUGUAUAUAUUUGCAGUUUGUGCUGCCCGUGUGCUACCACAGGUACGAUAUGAAGGGACAACAUCCGAAACUAAACGUAAGUUCUUCAUAAUAUUGCAAAGUUUUAAUCAGUGCAUCAAAUGAUUUAAUGUUUAUAAACUUCAAAAAUAUCUUAAAUGUUUUUUGUUGUUGUUGUUUUUUUUUUUAAAUUGAUGUUCCUGUACCAAAAUACAUUCAGCAAUGUACGUUCGGACCCAAGUCACAUUAACAGUAUAAAGUGUAUGGCAUUUCACACAUUCAGUAGUGUUUCUUUAUAAAUGGGCCAUUAAUGUCUGUGUUGUCAAUGGAUUUCCUAGCAUGUCCAGGGCCUCCUAAUUUUAGUUGUCUGCUCACUUUAAUUUAUAAUUUUUUAUUGCUGAUUCUAUUUUUAAAGCAUGUAAACGGUAUAUUUUAACAUACUACAUUUUUCAACUCUAGCCACUGUUAGACCGGCAGAUGCUGUAUUAGUAAACCAACUCUCUGCAUUUGGAGAGUAUGUUGCUGAGAUUCUGCCAAAGUACGUCCAGCAGGUCCAGGUGAGUUCCCCGUCUGAUACCUGUACUUUUAUGUAAAUAAACAAGCAACAUGUUAAGUCUAAAUUCCUUUAGUAAAUGAAGUCAUUCCUAUAUUUACGUUAUUUCUAAAGUGGUAAUUGUGGAGAAUUAGAAGGUGAAUUACACAUUUUACGCCAAAAUAGAUGAGAUACUGAUAUUUUUCAACUGACUAUUUAGGCCUAACAUUUCUAUUCCCUUUUUAAUUUACCACAGUUCCCAUUUUAGUAAAUAAACCCAGCUUGCUUUUCAUCCAGAUGGCCCAGCAGUGAUUCAGGCAAAUUCUUCAAAUUCUUUACAAUGCGAAAUAUCACAUCCUUAUAAUUAUAUCAAAUUUGUAAUGUGAUGUUCUGUGGCUCCAUUUUCCAUUUGCUUCUGCCUUAACGUGAAAUAUAACAUAAGGCUGCAGGUCCAUUUGACCUACUCUAUUUCUUUUCUAUGUACAUAGUACUCUGAGUCUGAAGGUCUUUUACCAUAAGUUGCCCAGGCUGCUUUCAAUUUGUCGCACAAUCUGUCCCUUUUGUCAUUCCACAGGCCUCAUGAUCCAUUACUGUCAGUCCCCAGCUAUUGUCCCUUCAAUACCUAUUCACUCCACAGUCUCAUGGCAUAUACCUAGAGCCUCCAGGUCUUUACUAUCCAUCACUUUCAGGGUUAUGCAGUUCAGUAAGAAUUUCAAACUGAAGGCCAAAGUUGUCAAAAUGGAACAUUUCUGUGUCAGCUGUGCUUCUAUUUCUGCUACUUUGGCCUUAAAUCUGAAAUUCAUACAUUAGUGAAUAACCCUGUUUAUUGUCCCCCCCUCCUCCCUCCCUUCAGUCUCUGCUGCUCUUUCUUCACUGUGCAAUCUGCCUGCUCACGUAGCUGUCCCCUCAAUACUUUCCUUCUUAUCUAAACACACACGCCAACACCAAUCCACAUACAGGCUGAGGUAGCUAAAAUACAAAUUCCUAUAUAUUCCAUCAACAUAAACACAAACAUGGAUUCACUUCUGUGUCAUUUGUCAAAAAUUAGGAUUUCAUUGUUUUCACCUUUGUUAAAAAUAGUUAAUUUUUUCCUUUUUUCUAACCCAACCAAAGUCAGCCUAGGAGUCAGCGGUGCAGGUUUACCACCUUGUAGUAAUGUGGAAAUUUCUGUAAAUCGUGUUAAUCCAGUUUAAUUGGAUCACACUGACCUGUUACUUAAUAAAACAGUGUUUGUGACAACGUUUUAAUAUUUUCUACACAUUUACAUUUCUGCUCUUUACUGUAGUGUGUUCAGUAUUUUGCCAUAUUUGUUAAAGGGAUCCUAGUGGCACCCAGACCACUUCCACUUCAUCUCACUGAUGUGGUCUGAGUGCAGUGUCCCUGUCUGCCUUAGCCUGCAAUGAAAAACAUUAUAGUUUCUGAAAAACUGCAGUGUUUAUGUUGCAGGACUAAGACUGCCUCUGGUGGCUUUCUCUCAGACUGUAGGUGUCCUGCUACUUUACCUACCAAUUCCUCUUAAAUCGAGAGACAUAAGUGUUUCAAUUACAGUGUAAGGUCUGUCGUUGUCCCCCUUCCCAUUCUCUGUGACUGCCAAUGUGCAAAAUAAAUGGUGGUGGGUAUUUUCAUUUUUAUUUAUUUUUUCCAUGUAUGUUUUUGAUAUUUUGACAUAGGUAACAUGCUAUGGAGAGCUGGAAAUAAUGAUCCACCCAGAUGGGGUGGUGCCGGUCAUCACCUUCCUUCAGGAUCACACCAAUGCUCAGUUUAAAUCCCUAGCUGAUCUAACUGCUGUCGAUAUCCCAACGAGAACAAAUCGCUUUGAGGUAGGAUACAAUUAAUACAGCCAAGAUAACUGAUUUAACAAGGCAGAUGUAUGUGGUUUUAGUCGCUCGUUUUCAGAGUGAUGUAAUUUAUUGCUUGUGAGUAGGAAUCUUGUGUUUGUGAAAUGUGCCAAGCAUGAUCAACACUGUUGGAUAUCUAGCAGUAAGUUUGGGCAUUAUUAAUGAUUUUCUAUUUAAAAAAAUUAAUAAAUAACUAAGCACAAUCUUGGGGCAACUGUAGUAAAGGAAUUAAAGCCAAAUGAGGGGAUGUUCAGAAAUGUUCUCGUGCUAUUCAAUAAAGUCUUUUAAAUGGCAGUUUACAUUGUAGUCGCACAUUAUAAAAAUAUUCGGCAUUCCUCUUUAGGCAGAGAAUUCCACAUCUUCAUUGUGCUUACUGCAAGCAAAAAUAAAUUUCUUCUAGUCUCAAUGGGUGAGCGCUUCCUGCUAAUGAACAGAUUAGCACAAAGUGGUUUGUACUCACCCUGUUUAUAAUUGUAUAGUGCUAUCAUAUCUAAAGAAAAGAAAUCCAGUUUUUCUAGCAUUCCCUUAUAACAGUUUUCUAUCCCCCUUACUAAUGUUGCAGGUUGCCUAUGUACUUUUUCUAGUUCUGCAAUAUCCUUUUUUAAAACCGGUGCCCCAAAUUGCACUGCAUAUUCAAGGUAGGGUCUUACCAUUGAUUUGUAAAGAGGCAGAAUUAUAUUUGGAUCACGUGAAUCAAAACCCCUUUUUAUACAUGACCUUACUACUUUUUAGCAACAGCAGACCGGCAUUGGUUACUGUUGUCUAGUUUGUGAUCUAUAAUUUUUCCUAAGUUUUUUCCUUAUUCGAAGAAUGCUUAUGUUUACAUAUCCUUUAUCUUAUAUGCCACUUGCCUGCCCAGUUCCCCAAUUUAUCCAAAUCCCUCUGUUGUGACAUAUUAUGUUCAGACUGUAUUUUCUGACGUGUUUUGUGUCUUUUGCAAAUUCUGAAAAAAUGACUUGCAUUGCCCACUUCAAGAUUAUUUAUAAACAGAUUAAAGAGAAGUGGACUCAGAACAGAAAACUCAGGCACUCCACACACCACUUGUUAAAUCUGAACAUUUUCAAUUUACAACUACUCUCUACACUCUAUCUUUAGUACGUUUUUGUUCUUAACUAGCUACAUUGAAGCAGGGCAUCUUGUAAAACUGUAUGGAAUCCUGUACUGGUGUUUAACCUACAUGUGGUGUUCUAAAUAUCCAUAUAUAUCUUUUAGAUAUUUUUAUUUUAAUCUAUUGAUUGAUCCUUAUUCUAUUUUCAGAUUGUUUACAAUCUCCUGUCCUUGCAAUUUAACUCCCGCAUUCGAGUGAAGACAUAUGCCGAUGAGCUUUCUCCAAUCGAUUCUAUUGUACCUCUUCAUCAGGCUGCAAAUUGGUACGAAAGAGAGGUGAGAACAUUCUUUUAACUCUUAUUUCCCCAAACUAAUAAACCACUUCAUCAUUUAUUGCUGCCGUUUAAAGUAUUUGGUGGUUUGAAUCUAGGAGUAUAUAUUUAAAGAACAUGUUUUAUAAACGCGGCUAGGCAGCCAGUGUUACAUAUUUGAGGGAAAAUUUUAAAAUACACUUUGUAGAAUUAAUUUUACUAUUUUGUUAUGAUUUGUGAAAUCUGUUUAGAUGUGCUGUCUCCUGAGUCUGCUAAUUCUGCCUCUCUGAUAUCUUUCUACUUCUGCUCUGUCACUAUUUGUGUAGGAAUAGACGGCAGUUUGCUUACAUGCAGCAUAUAAAGCCAAACAAGCUAAAACAAAUCUGUAUCAACUAUGAGGGGAUACAGCUAUAGAGUAGAACUAAAAAGACAAAUAUCAUAGUGCAGUAUAGUUGGAAAAAUAUUGUGACACUGCUGUGCAACUGCAUUCACAAGAUGAUGGUAAUCAGCGCAUAAGAGGUGCCUCCCUGGUCUUUGGGGGGCUGGUGCCCACUGCUUCUUUGGCUCAGUGACAAUUCUGAUAGGGAUUCCAACUAGGUAGGUAUAUAUGUCAGAAUAUUCAUUAAAUAUAAAUGUUACAAUGAUAAAAUAUUCUGCCCAGCAUGUUUAUCCCUCACUGGGCUUCCUCAGGGACCACCAUAAAAACAUAUACAAUAAUAUAAUAUUUAAAACAAAAAUGUCAUUCUCACAUUAAAAGCAAUAAAAAAAAAAAAAAAAAAGCACUAGUAAAAAAAAAAAAAAAAGUAAGUAGAUAAGGGGGGCAAAUUGUGGUCAUGUCUCCAGGCUAUUACUGGGUGUUGGGGAAAAUAUUAUGUAUAUAUCUGUUUAAUAUGUGCUUGAUUAAGUCUGUGUGUAUGGGAGGUCAGGAAUUAUCUUAAAAGGGAGUUUCUGUUUAGAUAGCUGAAAAGAUACAGCACCUGAAAGGCACCAAUCACAUUUACAUAUUAACUGGUCUUCAUAGGAGUCCCUAUCUAGGAAAACACACCUUAGGUUAGAGGCAAAGGGAUGGCUGGGAAAGUUAACACUUAAAUAAAAUAACAGGAUAGACAACACUUUGGGCCUUGGGAAAGUAAAUCACAUUUACAUAUCAAUUGAGCUGAGAAAUUUGCUAUUUACAACAUGGGAACCAAUUCCUUUAAAAAUAGAAGAUACUGACAUCACAUUAGAUUAGGUUUUGGUAAGACACACAAGCUGCCCAUAACAUGCACAGCACAUACAUAAUGUAGCCAAUAUUAUUAUACACAAUGUAGCAGAUAGUAUUAGAUAGAUGGAAUGUAUGAGUGUCAUGAAUGUAUUGUAACUCUGUAAUACUAUAACUCUGUAACAUUCUACUUCUGUAAUAUUCAACUGGGCAGAUUCUAAGUAAAGAUUUCUCUCUGGUAAGAACUAUGGUGUUGGCUGUUUAUUUGUAAUAUCGGGUAGAAUACCUUAGUAGUGCUAGUCAUAUAUUUAUCUGGACAAGGGGAUAAAGAUAUAUGUUAGUUCUUGGAAGAGGUUACACAGGGAUAUUACAUUCACUAUUAAAACACAACGCAGAGUGGAUUUCUCUCAAAAGGAUACCAAUUGGAAGUAUUGGUGGUGAGAGAAGGAUUAUACAACACUGGGAAGAGACUAUGCAAAUUGUGGAGAUGUAAAUACGUAUAUAUAAAAUUAAAUCAUAAUCUCACCAAUUAUUUAAUUGAAUUGAUUAACAUAAUACUACAAGAAGAACUAACUCGAGAUGUUAUUUCAGAGGAUCAUUGUAAAUUCCUCUUUAACGAAAAUCCCAUUAUACCUAUUAUUUCAAUUAAUUUCCUCCCUUAGAUUCACAAUGUCAUCAGCCAUCUCUGAAGUAGACCAACAAUAAGCAGGAUUAAAUCAAUGGGCACAAAUUUAUCUGCAUUUGUAGAUAUAUAUCUAUAGAAAUAUGAUCAGGAGGCAAUGUUAAAGAUUAUACAUCCAUCCUGCAGAAGAUGGAAAAUAUUGAAUGGGAGGAAGAGUUUAGAUGGACAGUGCUAGCUGUCACUUCUCUGUAUUCAGUCAUUAUUUAUGGUUGGAAGGGUACUUUUUAAGGGAAGAUGGAAAUAUCUCUAAAUACCUAAGACUAUUCUAAUCUGUAUCCAAAUUAAUUUGGAUCAUAAUUACUUUGUUUUUGAUGGGGAUUUCACAGAUUAAAAGUACCGCCCUGGGGACCAAGUUUGCCCCCAAUUACACUAACAUUUACGCAAGUUUUUGGGAAGUCCAUUUUAUAUCAUCUGAACAUAGCUGGAGUGCGAACUUGGCGGAGGUUCAUUGAUGAUAUUAUAAUUUGGAAAGGCUCGGAAAUUUAAAUAUGUAGAGUAUAUAUAGGAUAAUUGUCAAUUAUUAUUUUUUUGAUGCGGUUUUAAAAUAUGGAACUCAAUUUCUUUAGAUAUAACUUUCUUUGUGAAGCGUCAACAAAUUAAAUCAAAGCUGUCAUUUUAAACCAUGGCUUGGAGGCAAAGCCAAAAAGUCAAAUAACAGUAAUUAGGAGAAAUUACACAUUAAAUCUCAAGCAUAAAUUAUAAAAAAUAAAUAAACUUGUGGAAAAAGGGUAUAACAAAUAUAUAAUAUUGAAAAGGAAAUGAGAAAAAUGCUAGUACAAAAAAAAAACUAUCGGUAAAUAAUCUGAAAAAUACACUAUUUUAGAUUCGCGAUAACUUAUAAUAGACAACACUGGAAAUCAGAAACAUUGGCCACUCUUAUUAGAAGAUCUGUUUUUAAGGGAAAUAUUACUGAAACAGCCACCAAUUAUUUUUGUAAAAAAGCACACAUUACACGGCACUGAUACAUGAGAAAUACAAAUUACCCAUAACAGUGGAUAGUAUCCCCUAUCUCGGAAUCUGUGUGUCAUCCAUUGCAGGCUUAACUGUCACUUUAAAGAACCAGCAAUUGUAUAGAUAUGUCAAAUGCCAGAUCAUACUGUAUUCAACCUGACUUCCUCUGCAAUCUGUUCAUUCACGAAUGUAUGUCCAGUCGAUUUUUCCACAAAAUAAUAAUAAUAAUAAUAAUAAAAAAAGCACACAUUAUUAAAAACUUUAUUGCACCAAGUUAUGUUCAUGGGAAGGUUAAUAACAAUCGACAUAAGAUCUCUCAAAAUAAAUUGAUGUGUUUUAUACGGUGUUUAGAGUUCAAAGCAUGUACAAUUUGUAAUGUAGUCCGCAAUAAAACAGCUAUUUCCGUUGAAGUACUACUAAAGAACAGUUGGUUGUCCGUUCUCCAACUGCAUUGUCAUGCAGUUGUUAAAUUUAUUUCUUUAUUUUUAUUUUUUUUAAAUGUUGGUUGAUAAACUCACCCUUUCUACUUAUUACAACUUGGUUGUCCAUCUUUUUGUUCCAAAAUACUACUGUAUAUGAUGACUUGAUUUCUGGGAGUUGUUGCUUAGCUGCUGUUUUUCUACAGCCAAAAGGCAAUGAUUAAAUUACAUUUCUCAAAGUUUCUCUAAAACUGCAAUGAUUUAAUUUGCAGGACUAAGGGGGGCACUGCCACUGCACCCAGACCACUUCAGUGAGAUGAUGUGGUCUUGGUGCCUCUAUAAAGCCAUGGUUUGCAGGAAAUGCAGGAGCUUCAGAUCUGAGUAGCUUUUUGUUUUGUUUUUUCCUUCCUAAAUUAUUAUUAUUAAAAUACAGCAUAUUGUUGAAUGGGUUAGAUCCAGACAAAGCUGUAAAUGUGGAGAGUUUGUCAAGAACUUUCCCUUGGUUUCUACAGUGAUCUCUCCCUUUCUAGUACCUUACCCCAUACUUACACAUUGUACAUAAUUCAGCAACACUAGGGUUAAUAUCUGAUUGUUCAAGACAAAGAUAGGAAAUAGUUUCAGAAGCUGCAGAGGUGAUUUUGAUUUUAUUAAAAAUUUUUUUUAUGUAGAAACAGAUUUAAUGGCUAUCAAUGAUCUUUUUAUGUUAUUUUAGGUAUGGGAUAUGUUUGGGGUAUUUUUUGCCAAUCACCCUGAUCUAAGGCGAAUUCUAACAGACUAUGGUUUUGAGGGACAUCCUUUCCGAAAAGACUUUCCCCUGUCUGGAUACGUGGAGGUAGGAUACCUUUAGAUCUAUUUUUAUAUAUUUGUAUUCAGGUAUACCAGUGGUGGGUAAUAUCGUUUUGUAGAGAAUACAGUUUUGUGUUAGCAACACAUAUUUUAUUUGCAGAUAUAGUUUUUAACAGUUUACCUCUAUGCGGCUGGAGCAGGGGUUAAAAAAACAAAAAGACUACAAAUAUGGCUGCUAAAACAGAGGCAUCAGUGUUGCCUGAGAUUAGAGGGAUUUUACAUUCCCAGGUUGCAACUAUUUCAGCUGCUUUCAUUGAAAUGGUAAAUUGCUUUUAACAUGGUCAGGCCUUCAGUGCAUAUACACCAUGUAGCAUGCAAUCAGUGAAUUACGGGAGACACUUGGCGGUUAAUUGUCAUUUUUGAUUCCUCUGUUAUGAUCUUGAAGGUGCGCUAUGAUGAUGAGGUGAAACGCGUGGUUGCCGAACCUGUGCAGCUGGCCCAGGAAUUCAGGAAGUUUGAUCUGAGCAGCCCAUGGGAAGCCUUCCCUACACACCGUGAACUUCCAGAGAGCCCAAAGCUGGAAUCCGGAGAGAAUAAAGGAGAGGCAAAAUAA